AUGCCCAACAGCAGCCUGGCCCUGAGCAGCCUGGACGGGAUCUACAUCGGCACCGAGUGCCUGCUGGCCCUGAGUGCCACGCUGGGCAACGCCCUGGUGAUCUGGGCAGUGCGGCUGAACGCGGCUUUCCACAACACCACGCUCUAUUUCAUCGCCUCCCUGGCGCUGGCCGACGCCGCCAUGGGGCUGCUGGUGAUGCCCCUGGCCAUCGUGGUGAGCCUGGGCACGGCCAUGCCCACCUACGGCUGCCUCUUCAUGUGCUGCCUGAUGCUGGUGUUCAGCAACGCCUCCAUCCUGUCCCUGCUGGCCAUCGCCAUCGACAGGUACCUGCGCGUCAAGCUGCCCACCAGAUAUAAAACAAUCACCACAGAGAGGAGAGUUUGGUGGGCCCUGGGGCUGUGCUGGUGCCUGUCCCUGCUGGGAGGGCUGGUCCCCAUGUUUGGCUGGAACAAGGCAGGCCCCAGGAGCUCCAGCUUCCUCCGCUGCAGGUUCAUCUCCGUGAUGAGGAUGGAUUACAUGGUGUAUUUCUGCUUCUUCCUGUGGACCCUCGUGCCCCUGCUCAUCAUGUGUGCUCUGUAUGCCGAGAUCUUCCACAUCAUCCGCACCAAGCUCAGCCAAGGAGUCAGAGGGGCUGGGGCUUUCUAUGGCCACGAGUUCAGGACAGCCAAGUCUCUUGCCCUUGUCCUCCUCCUGUUUGCAAUCUCCUGGCUGCCUCUGUGCACUAUAAACUGUGUUUUCUAUUUUCAUCCUGACUCUCAUAUCCCCCCAUAUUUGGUUUACUUGGCGAUCCUCUUAUCCCAUGCCAACUCAGUCAUGAACCCCAUUGUCUAUGCCUACAAGAUAAAGAAGUUCAGAACCACAUACCUUUUCAUUUUAAGGACCUACAUCCUGUGCAAAAAACCAGAGCCAGCUCUUGCAGAGCAAACAACAGACCCAGAGUCAUAAACAGAGGCUGAAGC